AUGUUGGAUGCUCUUGUGUUAACUAUCGGAGAACAAUUGAGCCUUUUAGGUUAUGAAGGGUUCAGGCUCCGCGUGCGCGAGGUGGUCGUGCACACGCUGGCGGGGGCGCAGUGCGCGGGCUCUUGGGCGCCGCGGCACCUGGCGGGGGGCGCGGCGGUGGCGGGGGGCGGCUGCGGCGCGGCGCCGCUGUGCGUGGGGGCGCCGGGGGCGCGGGGCGGGCGCUGUGCGCGGGUGCGCUGCGCCGGGGCGCCCCUGCUGCUGGGCGGCGUGGUGCUGGGCGUGGCGGGGGCGGCGUGCGGCGCCGAGCCGUGCGCCCCCGCGGCGGGCGCCAGCGCGGCCGCCGCAGCGGACUGGCUGCGCUCCGUGCUCGCUGGCAUCCACAGCCUCCACGGCGACGAA